CUAAUGGCCGAGGGGGAACCCCUUGGUCUUGGUGACUGCUACCUGUGUUUGUCAAGUUGACACCAUGGCACGACUUGUAUACUUGGGGCUGGCCCUGUUGGUCGCCCUCCAGUCGGCAUGCGCCAGCAAAUCGGUCCUCGUCUUGUUGCAAAAUGCUAAUGAAGCUAGCAAGUACUCGCAGUUCAUUGAUGGAAUAGCAGCAGCUGAAUUUGUAGUUGAUGUUCGUGGCUACAAAGACUCUAGCAUUAAGCUGCGCGAGUAUGGAACCUGGCACUAUGAUGAUCUGGUCCUGCUCGCACCGAAGGCUGAAGGCUUCGGGGGCGGUAUCGACCAGCAGACAAUCCUCGACUUCGUAGACUCGGGACACAAUGUCCUCAUGGCCGUCAGCUCAGACGUCUCAGAGGCAAUGCGCAGCCUAGCAUCGGAGUUUGGCGUGGACCUGGACGAUAAGGGGACAAAAGUAUAUGACCACUUCAACUAUGCCACCACCGCGGAUGGCAAGAGUGAUCACACCUUGGUUGCCGCAAAGGACCUUGUCAAGAUCCCCGUCAUGGUCGGGGGCCCAUACAAGGAGCCCGUCCUCUUCCGCGGCCUGGCUGCUACCAUCUCGGCUUCCUCUGAGCUGGCCACCGUGGUGCUGUCCGCGCCCGCCUCCGCCUACAGCCACGACCCGCGCAAGCCGCUGCUGGAGCCGCCCUCCCUCCUGGUGGGGGGCGGGGCGUCGCUGAUCACCGCCGUACAGGCCCGCAACAACGCGCGCAUGGUGGUGGCGGGCGGUGUGGAGAUGUUCUCCAACGACUUCUUCGACGCCCAGGUCACCGUGGGCCGGACCAAGACCUCCACCGCCAACCGUGCCGUGUGUCUGUCGCUGGCUCGCUGGGCCUUCCAGGAGUCGGGGGUGCUGGUGGCGUCGGGGCUGCGGCACCACCUGCUGGGGCAGGCGGAGCAGCCGUGGGGCUACCGUGUGAACGACGAGGUGGAGUUCCUGGUGGACGUGGUGGAGCGGGAGGGCAACAGCACGCGGCCGUACAAGUCCGACGACAUCCAGCUGGAGUUCACCAUGCUCAGCCCCUACAUCCGCCUGCCGCUGCAGCACGACAACCAGGGGACAUUCUCGCUGAGGUUCAAGGUUCCCGACGUGUACGGCGUGUUCAAGUACGACAUCGAUUACUCGCGCCGCGGCUACUCGUACAUCAAGCUGACGCACCAGGUUCCCGUCCGCCCCUUCAAGCACAACGAGUACGAGCGCUUCCUGACCUGCGCCUACCCCUACUACGCCUCAGCGCUGUCCAUGAUGGCAGGGUUCUUCGGGCUGGGGUUCUUCUACCUCUAUCACAAGUAGAGACAAGGGCAUCUGCCACACGUAGAGAUAAGAGCGUCUACCAAAAGGGCCUCUAGAUGGCGCACCGGUAGAGGUUACCCUUUUUCCUGAGGCUGACACCCGAAGGUGCUUUGGAGGAAGAGACUGGGUGCUGCUGGGUAGUUGGGUGUGAGGAGAUUGUUGUCUACCCGGAUGUGAUGUCAGAAUGGGGCCUGUUCUUUUACAUGAGAAGGAAAGGGUGUGUGGUUGGCUCUAAUGAGGGUUCCCGCGCUUGUUGCUAAACACGCCUGCGGUGGUUUCGAGGGGUUUGCGGUAUGUCAUAUACGCUUAUUUGUAACGCCGACCAAAUGGAAAGUGUGGAGCUAUGGACAGUGCAAACACACAUGUACAUCCGGUGCAAAAGAAAGGAAGGGCACGGACGCCUUGCGAGAUCACACGCGAAUGCUU